AUGCGCCCCGAAGUCGAGCAAGAACUUGCCCACACCUUGCUGGUCGAGCUUCUGGCUUACCAGUUUGCAUCGCCUGUCAGAUGGAUUGAGACACAAGAUGUGAUUCUCGCCGAGAAGCGAACGGAGAGGAUAGUGGAAAUUGGUCCAGCAGACACUCUUGGUGGCAUGGCCAAGCGGACAUUGGCCUCGAAAUAUGAAGCCUAUGAUGCAGCCACAUCCGUGCAGCGACAGAUUCUGUGCUAUAACAAGGACGCCAAAGAAAUCUAUUACGAUGUCGACCCCGUCGAGGAUGAGCCAGAGACACCAGAGCCUUCUGCAGACUCCAGCUCCGCAGCCCCUGCUGCAGCAGCACCAGCCUCUGCUCCCGUUGCUGCAGCUCCCAGUGCCGGCCCCGCCGCAAUGGUUGACGAUGUUCCUGUCUCAGCUACUGACAUUGUCAGAACCCUGGUUGCACAAAAACUGAAGAAGAGUUUGGCAGAUAUUCCUGUAAGCAAAGCUAUAAAAGAUUUGGUCGGAGGAAAAUCCACCUUACAGAACGAAAUCCUCGGUGAUUUGGGCAAAGAAUUCGGCUCGACUCCAGAGAAGCCAGAAGAUACCCCGCUCGAUGAACUGGGUGCUUCCAUGCAGGCUACAUUCAACGGACAGCUCGGCAAGCAGUCUUCGUCCUUGGUCGCUCGUUUGGUGUCGUCGAAGAUGCCUGGUGGUUUCAAUAUCACAGCAGUGAGGAAAUAUCUUGAAACUAGAUGGGGUCUUGGUCCUGGAAGACAAGAUGGUGCCUUGUUGCUGGCAUUGACUGCUGAGCCCGCGUCUCGUCUGGGUUCCGACGCCGAUGCGAAGGCCUAUCUCGAUGGCAUUGCCAACAAAUACGCAGCACAUGCAGGUAUCAGCCUUUCGUCGCCUAGUGCCGGUGCUGAUAGCGGUGCGGGUGGCGCUGGUGGUAUGAUGAUGGAUCCUGCUGCCAUUGACGCCUUGACCAAGGAUCAGCGCGCCCUGUUCAAACAACAACUGGAGGCCAUCGCUCAUUAUUUGAAGUUGGACUUGCGCGCCGGUGACAAGGCCCAUCUUGCCUCCGUCGAGUCUUCAAAGGCCCUCCAGGCCCAGUUGGAUCUCUGGCAAGUCGAGCAUGGCGAUGUCUACGCCUCUGGUAUUGCUCCCGCUUUCGACUCGCUCAAGGCACGUAUCUACGACUCUUCUUGGAAUUGGGCCCGACAAGACGCAUUGAGUAUGUACUACGACAUUAUUUUUGGAAAACUGAAAGCUGUGGAUCGAGAAAUUGUCAGCCAGUGUAUUCGCAUCAUGAACCGCUCUAACCCACUUCUCCUUGAUUUCAUGCAAUAUCACCUCGACAACUGCCCCACCGAGCGAGGCGAAACCUAUCAGCUCGCAAAGGAGUUGGGUCAGCAGCUAUUUGAGAACUGCAAGGAAGUCCUCGGUCACGCUCCAGUUUACAAGGAUGUUGCCAUUCCAACUGGUCCACAAACCACCAUUGACUCACGUGGUAACAUUUCAUACGAAGAAGUGCCUCGUGCUAGUGUUCGCAAGCUUGAGCAUUACGUCAAGCAGAUGGCUGAGGGCGGUCCUAUUUCGGAGUACAGCAACCGAACAAAGGUCCAGAACGACCUCAAGAAUGUCUACAAGCUCAUUCGCAAACAACAUCGUUUGUCAAAAUCUUCGCAAUUGCAGUUCAAUGCCCUAUAUAAGGAUGUUCUCCGCACACUUUCCAUGAACGAGAGCCAGAUUAUGCCUCAAGAAAACGGUCAAGCCAAGAAAGGCCGUAUCAGCAAGCCCAAUGGUACACUUCGCCCAGGAAAGGUCGAGACUAUUCCUUUCCUUCACCUCAAGAAGAAGGAUGACCAUGGCUGGGAAUACAGCAAGAAGCUGACCGGCAUCUACUUGGACGGCCUCGAAUCUGCUGCUCGACAAGGUAUCACUUUCCAGGGAAAGAACGCUCUCAUGACCGGUGCUGGCGCUGGAUCUAUUGGAGCUGAUGUCCUUCAAGGUUUGAUCAGCGGUGGUGCCAAGGUUGUGGUUACAACCAGCCGCUUCUCUCGUGAGGUGACAGAAUACUACCAGAGCAUGUACGCAAGAUACGGUGCCAGAGGCUCUCAACUCGUCGUUGUUCCUUUCAACCAAGGCAGCAAGCAAGACGUUGAGGCACUUGUCGACUACAUCUAUGACUCCAAAAAGGGUCUUGGUUGGGAUCUGGACUAUAUCGUUCCAUUUGCUGCCAUUCCAGAGAACGGUCGCGAAAUCGAUAGUAUUGACUCCAAAUCUGAACUCGCUCACCGUAUCAUGUUGACCAACUUGCUGCGACUCCUCGGUUCCGUCAAGACACAAAAGCAAGAGCAUGGAUUCGAAACACGCCCUGCUCAGGUCAUUCUUCCUCUCUCUCCCAAUCACGGUACCUUUGGAAACGACGGUCUCUACUCCGAAUCUAAGUUGGCGUUGGAGACUUUGUUCAACCGAUGGCACUCUGAGAGCUGGGCUAGCUACCUCACCAUCUGCGGUGCAGUCAUUGGCUGGACUCGUGGAACUGGUCUCAUGAGCGCCAACAACAUGGUCGCUGAAGGUGUGGAGAAGUUGGGUGUUCGUACUUUCUCUCAGCAGGAAAUGGCAUUCAACCUUUUGGGUUUGAUGGCUCCCGCCAUUGUCGAUCUCUGCCAGACCGAACCUGUCUUUGCGGAUCUCAACGGUGGUUUGCAAUUCAUUCCGGACUUGAAGGACCUCAUGUCCAGGUUGCGUAGUGAAAUCAUGGAGACCAGCGCUGUUCGCCAGGCUGUCAUCAAGGAGAACGCUAUUGAGAACAAGAUCAUCAACGGAGAAGAUAGCGAGGCCCUCUACAAGAAGGUUGUUACCGAACCUCGCGCUAAUCUCAAGUAUCCGUUCCCCGAGCUACCAAGCUGGGACGAAGAAGUCCAGCCUCUUCACGAGCAGCUCAAGGGUAUGGUCAAUCUAGACAAAGUGGUCGUGGUCACAGGUUUUGCCGAAGUUGGUCCCUGGGGAAACUCUCGUACUCGAUGGGAAAUGGAAGCAUACGGCAAGUUCUCGUUGGAGGGCUGUGUUGAGAUGGCUUGGAUGAUGGGAUUGAUCAAGAACCACAACGGACCAUUGAAGGGCAAGCCUUAUUCCGGAUGGGUUGACGCCAAGUCCGGUGAGCCUGUGGACGACAAGGACGUUAAGGCUAAAUAUGAGAAGUACAUCCUUGAACACUCCGGCAUUCGUUUGAUCGAGCCCGAACUCUUCAACGGCUACGACCCCAACAAGAAGCAGCUUCUCCAGGAAGUCGUUAUUGAAGCUGACCUUGAACCCUUUGAAACCUCCAAAGAAACCGCUGAAGAAUUCAAACGUGAGCACGGUGACAAGGCUGAAAUCUUCGAGAUUCCUGAAUCUGGCGAGUACCUGGUUCGCCUUAAGAAGGGCGCAAACUUGAUGAUCCCCAAGGCCUUGCAGUUCGAUCGUCUUGUGGCUGGUCAAAUUCCCACUGGUUGGGACGCUAAGAGAUACGGUGUUCCAGACGACAUCAUCGACCAGGUGGAUCCUGUCACGCUUUAUGUGCUUGUUUGCACAGCAGAGUCCCUGCUCUCAUCUGGUAUCACCGAUCCUUAUGAAUUCUACAAAUAUGUUCACUUGUCUGAGGUCGGUAACUGUAUUGGUUCUGGUGUCGGAGGUACAUCUGCCUUGAGAGGUAUGUACAAGGACCGAUACCUUGACAAGCCUGUCCAGAAGGAUAUCUUGCAAGAGUCGUUCGUCAACACCAUGGCCGCUUGGGUUAACAUGCUUCUUCUAUCGUCCACCGGUCCUAUCAAGAGUCCUGUUGGUGCAUGUGCUACGUCUGUUGAGUCUUUGGAUAUUGGUUACGAUACUAUUGUCGAAGGCAAAGCUCGUGUUGUCUUGGUCGGUGGUUUUGAUGACUUCCAGGAGGAGGGUUCAUACGAAUUCGCCAACAUGGGCGCUACCAGCAACGCUAAGGAAGAGUUCAAGCGUGGACGUACCCCCCAGGAUAUGUCCCGUCCGACAUCCACCACCCGAAAUGGUUUCAUGGAAUCUCAAGGUUGCGGUAUCCAAGUUCUCAUGACUGCUCAGCUCGCUCUCGAUAUGGGUGUGCCCAUUUAUGGUAUUAUCGCCAUGUCUAGCACUGCUACUGACAAGAUUGGACGUUCCGUCCCAGCUCCUGGUCAGGGUGUGCUUACCGUUGCUCGUGAGAACCCUGGCAACUUCCCUUCGCCCUUGCUUGACAUCAAAUACCGCCGUCGCCAAUUGGAAAUGCGUCGUCAGCAGAUCAAGCAGUGGCAGGAGUCCGAAGUGCUUUACCUUCAAGAAGAAGCCGAGGCACUCAAGAGCCAAAGUUCUGAGUCAUUCGAUGUAUCCAAGUUCAUUCAAGAGCGGGCUGAGCAUAUCCAACGUGAGGCUAUCCGCCAAGAGAAGGAUGCCCAAACUAGUCUUGGAAAUGAAUUCUGGCGUCGUGACCCUCGCAUUGCUCCUUUGCGUGGUGCAUUGGCUACCUGGGGUCUCACUAUUGACGACCUUGAUGUCGCCUCUUUCCACGGAACGUCGACUGUUGCCAAUGACAAGAACGAAUCUGAUGUUAUCUGUCAGCAAUUGACUCACUUGGGUCGUAAGAAGGGUAACGCUGUCUUGGGUAUCUUCCAGAAGUACCUGACAGGUCACCCCAAGGGUGCCGCUGGUGCAUGGAUGAUGAACGGUUGUCUCCAGGUCCUCAAUAGUGGUCUCGUUCCGGGUAACCGCAACGCCGACAACGUUGACAAGGUCAUGGAGAAGUUUGACUUGAUUGUCUACCCAAGCCGAACAAUUAAGACCGAUGGUAUCAAGGCGUUCUCCGUCACGUCCUUCGGUUUCGGUCAGAAGGGUGCUCAAGCUAUUGGUGUUCAUCCUAAAUACCUCUAUGCCACCUUGGACAAGGCUCAGUUCCAGUCUUACCGCAACAAAGUUGAGGCGCGUCAAAAGAAGGCAUACCGUUACUUCCACAACGGUAUGAUCAACAACUCCCUCUUCCGUGCUAAGAGCAAGGCUCCAUAUGAGGACAACAUCCAGAGCAAGGUCUUCCUCAACCCAGACUACCGCGUCAGCCUGGACAGCAAGACUUCUGAGCUCACUUUCCCCGCAACCUUUUCGCCGGCUCCCGCUACUGCAGUAGUUGAAUCCGAGGAGACUCGUAAGAUUGUCGAGUCCCUUGCCACCGCUUCUGCAGGACCCAACUCGCAAGUGGGUGUUGAUGUAGAGGAUGUUGAAGCCAUCAACAUUGAGAACGAUACCUUCAUCGAGCGCAACUUUACUGAGCGCGAGCAAGCAUACUGCCGCAAAGCGCCAUCACCUCAAGCCUCGUUCGCAGGUAAAUGGAGCGCAAAGGAAGCUGUAUUCAAGUCUCUUGGUGUUCAAUCCAAGGGAGCUGGAGCUCCUCUCAAGGACAUUGAAAUUCUUGCCGAUGCCAAUGGCGUCCCCGUUGUAACUCUCCACGGAUCCGCCGCGGAAGCUGCAAAACUCGCAGGCGUCAAGUCGGUGAAUGUGAGCAUCAGCCACAGUGACUCCCAAGCCAUUGCAGUUGCUGUCUCCAAACUCUGA